AUGACUGGGACGAGGUUGUCCUCGGUGGUGUUCCUCGCCCUCGUUUCCCUGUCGCCGUGUCUGGCGCAGAGGCUCGAGGACGACAAGGACGAUUUCACGGAAACGAACGAGGAGGCGACCGGCCUGUUGGAAAGUCCCUCGCGGCGACCAAGGGCUCUCGCUUUCCCCAAAAACUCCCAGCUUCUGCUGAUCCUGGGACUGGGAACGCCGUUGCAACUGGACUUCGAGAGCAUAAUCAUCGGUGUCUUCACCAAGAUCGUGUACAACUUGCCAUCGAACGCGACAGACUUCACCGUUCCGGGGGUCUAUUAUUCUCGAGCGCAGAAGAGCAGAUGGAGCGUUUACAAAGCGUUGGAAAAGGCGGCUGGCCUGUACGGAUUCGGUGGGAAGGCCUGCCUAUUGAAGGCCAUUUGCGAAGCUGCCUCCGCUCCUUUCGAUGGUACUCACGGUUUGUUGGGACAGCUGUUGCACGUCUUCUUCAGGCCUUCGAACACCGAGGAGCGGUACGACGAGUACGGGGAUCGAGAGUACAGCGCGGCAGAGCGUUUGGGCGAGCAGAUGUCGGCGGAAAACUGCCACGCCCUUUAUCCAGAAUGCCCGAGAAGUAUGCUUGACGUGUUCUCCACAGUGAUCACGUAA